AUGAAAGUCUUAGAAAUUGCUCGGAUUCAAAAAAAGUCGAACACCUUGGCUACAGUACGCAGCUUUCUCUACAGUCUUGCGUAUUCUAAAGCGCCGCCACAUGCCUCAGCCCUUUCAUCAUGCUUUACUGGCCCAUCUCUUACUGGCACAGAUGAAACGUUAUUUGCGAUACGCUCAGUUCAUGUGCCUGAAGAAGAAGCGGCGAAGCUGGAAAAGCUCUCGCCAGCAAUUGAUGGCUUCCAGACAGCACUAGAUGCUGCAGAGAGCAUGCUUAUCCGGACAAAGAAGGCUAUGAAAAUCGAUGCCGAGAUGCUUGUCACCUCCCUAGCUCGCAGGACGUCAGACCUCUUUAAACAAUUCAUGAUCUCCGCGCCGUUUGACGGAUCAAGUUUCAAAUGUGAGGCUGCCACAGCAUUCGGGAUUCUAGAGGGGUUCAAGGCUGACCUGAAUAAGCUUGCUGCUUCCAGGGAGGAGCUGUCUCCGAUUCUUGAGUUUUUCGGAAUUGAGUACCACAGCAACCGGGACCUGGAACAGAUGGAAAGUGAUAUCGGCAAGUUGUGGGACGUGUGGUCACUGAAGAACGACUGGGACGAAGCGUGGGAGUCAAUGAGCUCCAAACCCUUUUAUUCGUUAAAUGUGCCGGAGAUUUAUGCACAAGGUGACGCUUUUUUUGACCGUCUGUUUAAAAUCAAGGAGGGCAGGGAUUGGCCUAUUUGGAGAAGGAUUCAGCAUGAGCUGGAGCAAGUGAUACAGGCAUUGCCUCUCGUGACCAAUCUCUUAGACCCUGCGAUUCGAGAUCGUCACUGGGAUCGGAUCAAGGCAGAGGUAGCCGAAGGAUUUGACCAGCGUUCGCGGGAGUUCACUUUGAAGUCUGUGUUUCAUUUGGAGCUUCUGCGUCGUUCUGAUUUGGUCUCCCGUUUGACUGAAGAAGCAAGAAAGGAAUUCAAGAUCGAAGGGGCACUCAAUGAAAUUAUAUCUGUGUGGAGCUCAUUGGAGCUGAAAAUUGUGCCAUACAAGACUAACAUGCUUCGGGUCGAAACAGACGAAGACCUUCUGUCUACGCUAGAGGAGCAUUUGCUGAGCCUUUCAUCCAUUAAGAACGACCAGUUUCAUGUCCCCUUCAAAGACACCGUAAUCUAUUGGGAGUCUACUCUUUCAGUCAUUGCGGAACUUUUGGAGCUGUUGCAACAGGUGCAAAGACAAUGGGCGUACCUUGAAAAUGUCUUUCGAGGUUCUGAAGACAUCCGCAUACUGCUGCCCCAGGAAGCGACGUUAUUCGAUAGGACAGAUAGGCUCUUUUUUUACACGCUGUUGAACUUUCAGCAGGCUUCCACACUCGUCAAUGCUUGCAGCCAACCAAACAUAAAGGAGGAACUCCGUCUUAUGAAUCAUGAUUUAGAAGCUAUCCAAAAGUCCCUCGAUGAUUACCUGGAGAGGAAAAGACAGGAAUUCCCUCGAUUCUAUUUCGUUUCUAAUUCCGACAUGCUUGAAAUAUUGGGUGAUGCGAGGGACCCCGAGAAGGCUCAGAAUUACAUCAAAAAGUGUUUCCAAGGAAUAAGAUCCCUUGAUCUUGUGGCACCCGUGCAAUCGGCCACAGAAGACAGCUACAAAGUAUUUGCUUCCAUUGAUCAGGAAUGCAAGGCCUUUGUUUUCUACUACACUGAGCGAGGAUUCACACAACCUGUGGAACCACUGCAGGAAGACGUGGGAACAAAUGCUGGGAAGCAGAUGGCUUUACAUCAUGUGAAGGAGAGAGACUAA